AUGUACGUCCAUCGGCUGACGGAUCCGGUAAAUCGCGUCACUUAUUUCAAUUGUACUGCCCCUCGCCGUCCCGAUUCUAUUGAGGUGAAGCUCUGUUCUUCGACCCACCUGGCUCAGUCGGUGGCAGCGACUACUCUGUUUGCCCUUAGAUCGACCGCCACUUCGGGUGCCCUCAGCGGAGAGAUUUAUUAUGACAGGACUGUGAAGAGCUCUGCGAGUCCGGCCCCGGAAAUGGAGGACAGCAAAGUUGCCACAGUCAUCAGAGAGCGCAAUUUGGAAGAGGCGGUAUGGCAUCAAAUUCUCCUACCGCCUCCUUCGGAUCGUCUACAAAUAGAGGGCUUUCCGGAAAUCAGGGUGGACGACAUGGAUGACGAUGCCGCCUGCACAGUAACUUCGGACAUGAAGGACAGUGGCAGUAAUGUAAAGCCGACAAAUUCCAUCUGCAUUCUCCAGACGAGUCAUGAGCGGUCUGCGGGUGACAGCGACACCUCCAUAACCCUCGGAGAUGAAACGCCCUCAAAUGUGAUUUCCAGUUUGAUUCCAACAUAUGAUAACAAUCUUACUAGUACAUGGGGAACAAUCAGUGGCAAUGAUCAACGACCCACAUCAACCGCGUUGUCUGUUUACAGCCCUAAACACAGCCCUGGUGGGCACCGCAUGGAUGGCACUAGGGCCCUUGGAUGUCUUUGCGGCCCCCCGACUUUGAAAACAGGACGCCCAAUGAGGAUGCUGGCGGGUGCAUCGAGUCCGCAAAGUCGUCCCAACGAGUCCAUAGGGCAUCGUUUUUUCAGAGGCCUACAUGAACGACUUCGGAGGAUGCUGGCGAGCGGAAGAUAA